GUCGGAAGCCGGAAACACAGCGGCGGUAGCGGUGGCGCUUUCUGGGCAGCUGUCCUCUGGCGCCAUGCGAGGCCUUGGGCCAGGGCUGACGGCGCGGCGCCUCCUCCCUCUGCGGCUCCCUCCACGGCCGCAGCGGCCGCCCGGACCCCGGCUGUCGAGCGGGACGGCAGCGGCGGGCGCCCUAGAGCGGGCCAUGGACGAGCUGCUGCGCCGCUCCGUGCCCGCGAUGCCCGCCUACGAGCUGCGCGAGAAGACUCCGGCGCCAGCCGAGAACCAGUGCGCGGACUUCGUGAGCUUCUACGGCGGCUUGGCCGAGGCUGCCGAGCGCGCCGAGCUGCUGGGCCGCCUGGCGGGGGGCUUCGGUGUGGACCACAGCCAAGUGAUGGAGCAGAGCGCUGGCGUGCUCCAGUUGCACCAGCAGCCGCGGGAGACCGCCGUGCUGCUGCAGGCGGAGGACCGGCUCCGCUACGCCCUGGUGCCGCGCUACCGCGGCCUCUUCCAUCACAUCAGCAAGCUGGACGGCGGCGUGCGCUUCCUGGUGCAGCUGCGGGCCGACCUGCUCGAGGCGCAGGCCCUCAAGCUGGUGGAGGGGCCGCACGUCCGGGAAAUGAAUGGAGUGCUGAAAGGCAUGCUCUCAGAAUGGUUUUCUUCAGGGUUCCUGAACCUGGAACGGGUGACCUGGCAUUCGUCCUGUGAGGUGCUUCAGAAAGUCAGCGAGUCUGAGGCUGUGCAUCCUGUGAAAAAUUGGAUGGAUAUGAAGCGACGCGUUGGCCCUUACAGAAGAUGUUACUUCUUCUCUCACUGCACCACCCCGGGGGAGCCCCUGGUGGUUCUGCACGUGGCCUUGACCAGUGAGAUCUCCAGCAACAUCCAGGUACCUGCCGACGCUCAGGACAAGGCGGGCGUCCCGCAGAAGGUCUUUCUAUAUGGUGACACCCCUGCUGAACUUUCUUUGCAUGUGUUUUCUCCACCUUCCUUUCCCCGCCCCAACCCUGCCUUACAGAAAGAGUUUCCUCACCUUGGGACAUUUUCAAGUCUGUCUCCUAUACCUGGAUUCACCAAAUGGCUUCUAGGGCUCCUGAACUCGCAAGCAAAGGAUCACGGGAGGAAUGAACUAUUUACAGAUUCUGAAUGUAAGGAAAUCUCAGAGAUCACAGGCGGUCCCAUCAGUGAGACCCUCAAGGUCUUUCUCAGCAGCAACGAAUGGAUCAAGUCUGAAAGGCUGGUCAGGGCACUCCAGGCCCCCCUGAUGCGGCUCUGUGCCUGGUACCUGUACGGAGAGAAGCACCGGGGCUACGCCCUGAACCCCGUGGCCAACUUCCACCUGCAGAACGGGGCGGUGCUGUGGCGUAUCAACUGGAUGGCCGACGUCAGCCUCAAGGGCGUCACCAGCUCGUGCGGCCUGAUGGUCAAUUACCGGUACUACCUGGAGGACACGGCCACCAACAGCAUCGCCUACCUCGGCUCAAAGAACAUCAAAGCUUCUGAGCAAGUCCUCAGCCUGGUGGCUCAGUUCCAGAAGAACAGCAAACUCUAAGCCUUUCCUAA